AUGAAGUUAUCUCUGAAACUCGAAGAUCAACAACAAAAUCAAAACCCAAUCCUCGUCAGGGCUAAAAUUCCCGUCACUGUUUUCGGUCUUCCUUUCCUCUCCGCCUUCUCCGCCACUCACCAUCACGCCGCCGCCGCCUCCGACAAGCUCUCCCUCUCUCUCCGUACCCACUUUCCGUCCGGUCCCUCACUCAAGCUCUCCUACAACACCCCCACAACCACCACCGCCACCGCGGCUGCAGCUGCCACCGCACCUCUCACGCUCACUCUCAAAUCAGGGGUAAGCCUUUCAGGUUCCCCCAACAAUUCCCCUCUCAUAAUCUCCGCCAAUUUCUCUUUCUCACCUCAAAACCCUAACCCUAACCCUACUUUCUCCAUCCAGUUCAAACCCCGAUUAGGAUCAUUCUCUCUCCGUAAAUCAGUAUCCUCCACUGUCUCAAACCCUAGUAAGAAGCCCAAUGGUGAGAGUACCGCUGGUAGUGAGAAUUCAUAUGGAUUUGUGCCAUUGGAUCGGCCUAUCAAUUGGAAGGAACUAACAGUGGAAUCAGCCACGAAAGACUCGAUCUUGUCGGGGAUUUUGAUGUCGGCCGAUACCGAGUUGCCAGUGACUAAACGGGUCAAGGUAAAUUUACGGUGGGGCGUGAAUAUCCCAUCUGAUUACGAGAAGCAAUUGCCGUAUUUGAGGGUGAACAAAAUUAAAGUUGAGAGAAUUGAUGAGGUAGUGGAAGAGAAAGGGAAUCAGAAGCAGGGAAUUCUGGGUGAUUCCGGUGAGUUUGAGAUGUUGAAGGGCAUGUAUUCUUGGAUGAGCAGAGAAUUGAAUGAUUUACAGAAGGAAAACAGAGAGAUGAGACACACAUUGGAGGACAUGAAAUCACUGCAGUCAAUGAGGAAUUACAAUGGAUACGCUGCUGCUACUGGUGGUGGUGGUGGUGGUGGUGGAGGAAAGAGGCCAGUGCCGGUGGUUGAAAAUUCCGAUGGAUUUGAGCAGUGGAGGAUGAAGAAGAGUGGCGGCAGUGGUGAGGCUAAUGGGCAGAGAGAAACUAAGAAGAAUUUGACUUCGGUAGAUGUGGAGAGUGAAUUGCAGAGAGCAAUUAAGGCUGCAUCAACUUCAUGA